UAAAAAACCAUUAGCAAAAGCCUCUAACUAGAGUUCAGCAAAAGCCUCUCUCUCUCUCUCUCUCUCUCUCUCUCUCUCUCACCUUCAAAAUCCUCCAUGCUAAAUGGUGUGGGAGUGAGCACAAGAAAGCAACAACACCAUGAUCCCUGCAUGUUUCAGUAAUCCCAGGCCCAGCAGCAGUCUCUCAAGUGCCACACAAAUGCCUCAUCAAAACCUCAUAACUUGCAUUUACCAAACUCACCUCUGCAACUCACCAACCUAUCUCACCCUAACAUGGUCCAAGUCUCCCUUCUCUCACUCCUUAACCAUCUAUGCCUCAGACUCCUUCUCCAUCACCAUCUCUCUCUACCCAUCAACCUUCUCAUUCUUCCGGAACCGACCCGGCUCCAAAUCCAUCUAUUUGGCCCACCACCAUUACCAAAGAAUCAAGCUCUAUUGGGAUUUCACCCAAGCCGAGUUCAGCCAAAACGUAGCCUCAGCCGAGCCCGAAUCAUCAUUCUACAUUGCCAUUAUCUGUAAUGACAACGUAGAAUUCUUCCUGGGUGACCUCCAAGAAGAGAUGACUCGGCGUUCUGGGGUAGCCAGAACACGAUGCUCUGCUGCGCCAACUCUGCUGGCUCGGCGAGAGCAUGUGUUUGGACGUAGGAGUUAUAUAACCCAGGCAGAGUUCAUGGGGUCCAAACAUGAAAUAGGGAUAGAGUGUGGUGGGGGAGUGCUCAAAGUGAAAGUUGAUGGGGUGAUAAGCCUAGUGGUGAAGAGGCUUGCUUGGAAAUUUAGAGGGAAUGAAAGAAUUGUAGUUGAUGGUGUGGAGAUAGAAUUUUAUUGGGAUGUGUUCAAUUGGGUCAAUAGUGGUGGCACAAAUAAAUGUGGUGGUAGUGGCAACGGCGGCAAUAAUGGUGGUGGGCAUGGUGUGUUUGUGUUUCAAAUUGGUGAUGGUGGGGUUUGGCCAGAAAUGAUGGGCCCAGAGAGGAAGUUGAUGAGGAAGAGUUUGUCAGCGGCGGCAGCAGGGCCGGCGGCAUCAAUGCCGCCAGCUUCCCUAUCGCCGUCACCAUCAUGUUCGAGUGUGCUCCAAUGGGCAGAAGAGAGCAGUGAUUGUGGUAGGAGUUCAUGUUCUUCAUACACAAGGUCUUGUGGGAGUGGUGGUGGAUUUUCUUUGUUAUUGUAUGCUUGGAGGAAAGAAUGAAAUUUGAAUUUUGUAUUUUGCAUUCAAUCUAUUCAAAAGCAUUUUAAUUUGUGAUUAUUAAUAAAACUAUGUUUAGAAAUGCUUGAAUUUGUUAA